GUGUGUGUGUGCGUAUGUAUGUAUGUGUGUGUGUGUGCGUGCGUGUGUGUGUAUGUAUGUGUCGUUGUGUUGGACCCCACCACCGCUUCAUAGUAGAUGUUACUUUGUUUAUGACCUAUAAAUUAUCUGUUCAACAGAAGAGAUUAAUAGCAGAAGAAGCAGGCUUUAAAAAAAAAAUACCGCGGUUCGAUUUCGAUUAAAACCCAUCUAGAUGGUGCUCCAUUAUAGCCGCAAGUGCAACGACUGAAAACAGUAAAAAAGAUAGACAAUUAUAAUAAACCCUAUAAGGCGGAGCCCUAGCAUAGCCGCAGACCAAAUAAAAAAAAUAUAUAUACUCAAUCUUUCUCCGAACAGAUGAUGUAUCAACACUAAUUAUUGCAUAAUGUAGUAAUCUGAGUGACCUCCCUUGUUCUGGACAAAACAUUGUAAUAUUGAAAUGUAACCUCGUGGUUGUCUUUCUGCGGCUUGGAAAUAAUCUCAAACAAAAAUCCGUUCUAUGAUAUAUAAAUACAAGGAAAAUGAAUUGCUUGAAAAAAAGUGAAGACAGUCAGACUUAUUCAAAAAAGGUGCAUCCGGUAGAAACCAAACCAACCAGUGAGUUGAAGGCACCUGAUGGUGGUUGGGGCUGGUUUAUAGUUCUUGCCAGUGCCCUUACACAUGCCAUAAUUGGUGGUCAAGAACGGUCAGGUGGUAUUUUAUAUUUGGAGUUACUACGUAAGUUUAACAAAAGUUCAACAGAAACUGCCUGGGUAACCUCCUUAUCUGGUGCGCUCCGGUUACUCUGUGGCCCAUUAGCCAGUUUCCUUGGCAGCAGAUUUUCUCUAAGAAAAGUCAGCUUUGUUGGUGGUAUAUUCUUAAGUUUAGGAUUUUUACUUGGAAGCUUUUCUGAUACCUUGGUAUGGUUUUUCUUUGCCUACAGCUUUUUAGGAGGUUUUGGUAAAUCCCUAAGCUACACAUCAUGUUUGGUUGCUGUUGGGAGAUACUUUGACAAACGCCGUGGAUUAGCUGUAGGUCUUGCGACAGCUGGUGUUGGAAUUGGAAUGUUCAUUUUUCCACCUUUAAUGGAAUGGCUUUUUCAAACGUAUGGAUUCUUUGGUGGCAUAUUGUUAAUGUCUGGAAUCUCUUUGAAUUUGUGUGUCUUCAGCAUGCUGUACCGUCCUCUACAUCAAUAUCAAUUAACUGUUAAAACAAGCUGGGAAACACCCUCACCACAAGUAGAUCAGGAACAUGUUGAACUUCUUCCUGCAACAACAAAAGUAAAUGAAUGUGAAACAGAAGACAAUAAUACAAAGAACAACCAGCUUUCUAAAACUGUAUUUUCACCAGCACCUGUAACACUAGGAGUGACACCAGAACGACCAAACCGAGUAUCCAUUGCUCACUCUAUAAAUUAUGAACCAAUAACUAGUAGAAACAAUGGAUGCCUGCCUUCUUUAAAAAGAUUUCUAUUAGGAAAUAAGAAAGCAGAAAAUAAUCAACCCUUAUUUGACUGUACUUUGUUAAAAGACUUGCAUUUUGCUUUGUUUCUGUUCAGUAUUUGUUUGCAGACCCUUGCUUUUCAAUCUGUCUCUAUUUUUAUCCCACCACUUGCUAAACAAAGAGGUGUAGAUACAAUGAAUGCUGCCUUUCUCAUAUCUAUCUUAGGAAUUACUGACAUUAUCAGCCGAAUAGGCAUAAGUAGUAUUUUGGACUUGAAAUAUAUCAAACCAUAUCGCAGGUAUUGCUACACUCUGAUAUGUUUCUUAAAUGGCCUUAUUGUUUUCCUUUAUCCCUUGGCAUUUGAAUAUUCAGAAUUUAUUGCCAUCACUGCAGCAUAUGGUUUUAUGAGUGGUGCAUUUGUAUCCCAGAAAUCUGUCAUAAUCGUUGAUCUAUUAGGUGUUGAAAAAUUAUCAAGUUCAUUUGGAUGGACGAAUUGUUUCCAAGGACUUGGUGCCUUAAUUGGGCCUCCAAUAGAAGGUAAACUAAAAGACACCUUUGUCUUAUAUGAUUAUACAUUUUACUUCUCUUCUGCUGUAAUUUUCAUUGGCGCUUGUCUUUUAUUGAUAAGCAAUAUCAUAUACUAUUAUCGAUUAAAGCAAGCAUCUGCAACCACGAACGAGGAUUCCUAAUAGCAGUAAUAGUAAAUGUUCCAUUUUAUCGAAACUGUUCAUUUUAACCAUAGGCUCUGAGGAAGCUAUUCGAUGAUGCACAAACACUCAACUCUGAGUGCACAACAUCUUGUAGCAGAAACAGAUGUGAGCUAAUGAAGUUGAUUACAUAAUUCCUGACCCCUUGUCAUAUAUUUAAUUUCAUAAAGCGACUGAUAUACUUUAUUGUUUAAAAAAAUGUGUGAACAGUAUUACAGUAUUUUGUAGUACAUUUUGUUACCCUGUAAUUACCAACAUUACUAUUUUCCCUUUUAGAUACAGACAAUGGUCUGUUUCAUGAUGUACAUAUGAUGAACAAAAGAACUUUGUGCCUUAUAAAAACUAUGUAUUUAUUUAGUCAUUUUGUAAUGUCCAGUUUUGUUACAAAGCUCCACAUACUAUUUAAGUCUGUUUUUUUUUUUUUAUACGUUCAAAUGUAAGAAAUAUUUUUAAUGCAUUUAAUCUAAGAACAAAAAACAAUCAAGUAUUUUUAAGUUUUAUUUUUAUUGCUAUUUUAUUACAUGCAGAAAAACUUAUUUAUAUCAUUUCUAAACAUCCUGCUACCAUAAAAAGUAAUAAUUGCAGGUGUUUAUUAUCACCGGAUUACCGGCAUAAUGCCCCCCCCCCAAGGUUCAGUAUUAUUAUGUUUUGUUGAUUUUGAAUGUUUUUUUUGUUGUUUUGUCUGUUAUACAAAAUUAGUCCAUCAAUUAUGACUCCAUAUAUAUUGGAGUGGCUGUGUGGUAAGUAGCUUGCUUACAAACCACAUGGUUCUGGGUUCAGUCCCACUGCGUGGCACCUUGGGCAGGUGUCUUCUACUAUAGCCUCGGGCCAACCAAUGCCUUGU